AUGGCAUCUAUAGAAGAAAUAGCCCACCAGAUUAUUGAGCAGCAAAUGGGGGAGCUUUCUCGCACUCAGACAGAAGUGACACAUACAGCCCUGAUGGAUGGAAGUACCCAAAGAAUACAGCUUAUUCCCUCAGAUUCCAGUGUUACCUUACCUCAGCGAAUACAGUUUGUUACAGAUCAACAGACUGGACAGAAGAUUCAAAUUGUAACAGCACUUGAUCAGAGUGGUACAAGUAAAAGGUUUAUCUUGACUAAUCAUGAUAGCUCAUCCCCGAGCAAAGUAAUCCUUGCCAGACAAGAACCCAGUCAGGGUAAAGUGUAUUUAACGACUCCUGAUGCAGCCGGUGUCAAUCAGCUCUUUUUCUCAAGCCCGGAAGUUUCUACACAGCACAUUCAGUGCAUAGAUCAGAAUUUAAAUAAGCCGCUUCUGGAUCUUUGUGUGGUGUGUGGCGAUAAAGCUUCAGGGCGACAUUAUGGGGCAGUAACAUGUGAGGGCUGCAAAGGUUUCUUUAAAAGAAGUAUUAGAAAAAAUUUGGUAUAUGCAUGCAGAGGAUCAAAAGAUUGUGUUAUCAAUAAGCACUACCGCAACAGAUGUCAGUACUGCCGAUUACAAAGGUGUAUUGCACUUGGAAUGAAGCAAGAUUCUGUUCAGUGUGAGAGAAAGCCCAUUGAGGUCUCCAGAGAAAAGUCCUCCAACUGUGCUGCAUCCACAGAAAAGAUCUACAUCAGAAAAGACUUGCGCAGCCCUCUUGCUGCAACAGCUACUUUUGUAACUGAUAAUAAAACUGCAAGGUCCAGUGGUUUGUUGGACCCUGGAGUGUUGGUUAACUUACAGCCAUCUGCAAUUAAAACCGAACCUGUGCUUAUUACACAUGAUAAGCAGGUGGAAGCCUGUCAGGGAGAUCUAAGCACUUUGGCCAAUGUUGUCACAUCACUUGCAAAUCUUAAUGAAAGUUUAAGUAAUGGAGAUGCUUCACUAUCAGAGCUUCCACAAGAUGACCAGUCAAGCAGUGAAGUCACCAGAAAUUUUACUUUGUUAUGUAGAGCCUUUGAUACUCUGGCAAAAGCUCUCAACCCCACUGAAAGCUCUGUCCAGAGCUCAUCAGAAAGCAUUGAUGCUGCUGCGAACAUCUUUGGUGAUGCUACUGUUGUUGAGAUUGAAGGACCACUUCUCACAGAUUCUCACAUAGCCUUCAAGCUCACAAUGCCUUCACCAAUGCCUGAAUAUCUGAAUGUACACUAUAUUUGUGAGUCUGCGUCACGCCUGCUGUUUUUGUCCAUGCAUUGGGCUCGUUCUAUUCCCGCCUUCCAAGCGCUUGGGCAGGAGGUUAGUACCUCUUUAGUGAAAGCUUGCUGGAACGAACUGUUUUCCCUUGGUCUUGCUCAGUGCUCCCAAAUAAUGAAUGUGGCAACUAUACUAACGGCGUUUGUCAAUCAUCUGCACGGCAAUUUGCAGCAUGAUAAGCUGUCGGGAGACAAGUUAAAGUUGGUAAUGGACCACAUAUUCAAACUUCAGGAGUUCUGCAAUAGCAUAGUCAAGCUAAAUUUAGAUGGUUAUGAAUAUGCUUACAUGAAAGCAAUUGUCCUCUUCAGUCCUGAUCAUCCUGGAUUGGAAAAUGUGUCUCAAAUUGAAAAGCUUCAGGAAAAAGCCUACACAGAAUUCCAAGACUAUGUAACUACGACAUACCCGGAUGAUACAUACAGGUUGUCGCGGCUGCUGCUCAGGUUGCCAGCUCUAAGACUGAUGAGUGCUGCAGUUAUGGAAGAACUGUUCUUUGCUGGACUUAUUGGGAAUGUUCAGAUUGAUAGCAUAAUUCCUUAUAUUUUGCGUAUGGAAACCACUGACUACAACACCCAGGUUAUUGGGCUCUCUGCAUAG